CGCCCUACACUUGGCUCUCGCCAACGCCACACGUGCCCGCCGCCAGCCAGCCCACUCCCCUUUAAUCAUACCAACACCCGUAGCCAAACAUCGCUGCCCACACGCGUCAGCCCCGUCCAUUCAAAGACCCCCCCAGCCCGCCUCCGCUCGCUCCCGCCUGCUUCUGCACCAUCGCCAACCAUGCUGCCCAAGACGUGGUUGUCCGGCGCCAUCUUCGCCAUGGCCGCCGUCUCGUCGGCUUUUACCUUUGAAGAUCUCAACCUCGACGGCGUCAACCACUACCUGCACAACGGCAAGAGGCAGGCCGCAGAAGGCACUGGCGCCUCGCCCACUCCCGCGCCCUCGACGCCCGCUCCUGCGCCCUCGCCUUCACAACCGCCGCCAGCCUCGUCGCCGCCGCCUGCUGCCUCAUCUCCCGCUCCUCAACCACAGCCAUCCACUCCCAACAACAACAACAACAACAACAACAACAACAACAACAAUAACAACCCUCCCCCGUCGCAGGCCCCCUCGGACAACAACCCGCCCGCCAACACGCCCACUCCCACCCCCACCGGAAACGGCGGCAACAACAACAACAACAACAACAACAACAACAGCAAUAACAACAACAAUAACAACAGUAACAACAACAACAAUGCCGCGACAUCGCAAGACCGCACAACUGCAAAUGCGCCUGCCCCGACAACCCCACCCUCAUCUCCCGUGAGAACCGCACCAGUCACAAGGACCUCGGCUCUGGUUUCCACCGCCCGCAUCGUAUUCACCACCACCAUGGUCACGGAGAGUGCCGGCCAGAGAAUCACCCAGGUCUCGACGGGCACCAGCACCUCGGUCACCACCACGGGCCAGGCCACCUACACCGAGGCCCCCACGGAGCAGCAAUCAAACAACAACAGCGGCAGCGGAGGCCUCAGCGAUUCCAACAAAAAGGUCAUUGGCGGUGUCGUUGGCGGAGUCGGCGGUGCUCUCCUGCUUGGCGGUAUCGCUCUCGUUUUCUGGCGCAUGAAGAAGCGUCAGGCCCGUGUCCAGGAAGAUGACGAUGACCUCAUGGCCGGCACCGGAGCCGCACUUGGCGACAAAACUCAGAACGGCACCAGAUCCACCCCCUUCCAGUCCAACCUCGAUCAGUACCACAACCCUGGCGGCCGGCCCAAUGCCGCGGCCAACUUCUAGGCGAGUUACAGCCCCCCCUCCAAGACGAACAAUACAAGGACCUUUCUGGGUCCGUUACGACGCCAACGACCAUUUGCCUGGGUUCUCUGUGCUGGAAGCAAUCUUGAGCGGCAGACUAGACGAGCUUGUAAAUACCACACCAUAUGCGCCUUUAAUACCUUUCCUUUUUUUUCGACAUUGCCCGAGAUUCAGUCACUACGCUGCAUCUUUUUCGACUUGAUCAUAUCUUCUUAUAUGGGUUAGUCUUUCGGACUGGUUACUUGGCUCCAUAUGCAGUCCAUGCACUGGUGGUACAUACUAACAAAUGCUAUAUGGAAAGACGCAACGACGUCAUCACUGUCUAUGUAUCCAUUUCCUCGAGUCUUUGCAGCAGCAUGUACUGUGUUUUUUUUUCACAAAAGUUUUGUAAUUGAGUGUGCAAUGCCCUUCACAUCAUGCUUAGGCAUCAUUAUCAUUAUACCCUUACCGUAGCGAUAUUAAUCUCAGAU